AUGACGGACCCGGUAGUAAUGGCUACGACCGUGUCUCUGCCUCUGGGUUGCUCCUAUAUUCUAAUCGAGUUUGUACUUACAGGCUGUCGGUGGCCUGGGGGAGUCCAUAGUCCAUCACAGUUAUGGGACCUACUCAAAGAGAAGCAAGACGGAUGGAAAGAAUUCUCCUCUGACCGGAUCAAUCUCAACGGCUUUUACCAUCCUAAUGGCCAGAGACCCGGGAGUAUGUCCACGAUGGGCGGCCACCUACUUCAGGAAGACCCGCGGUUAUUCGAUCAUUCCUUCUUCGGCAUCACGGCUACGGAAGCCAUGUCAAUGGACCCCAGCCAGCGGAAGCUUCUUGAGGUUACUUAUGAAGCUUUCGAUAGUGCCGGUGUACCACUGGAAAAGCUCUCCGGAUCACGGACUGGUGUUUUUGUGGGCAAUUUUAACAAUGACUACCUGUUAAUGCAGCUUCGAGAUCCCAAUUUUACGCUACCAUACGCCGUCACGGGAGGUGGCCCGGCGAUCUUGAGUAAUAGGAUAAAUUAUGUUUUCAAUCUUCAGGGGCCGAGCUUGGUGGUCGAUACAGCCUGCUCCGCAUCGAUGUAUGCUCUUCACCUAGCAGUCUUGUCACUUCGAAACGGUGACUGCGAUGCUGCUAUUGUUGCAGGAGGAAACCUGAUUUUGGGCCCUGAUCACCAGAUCCUAACUAGUAAAUUAGGCGCCGCGUCGCCCACAUCUCGUUGCCACACUUUCGAUGCUAAAGCGGAUGGGUAUUCUAGAGCCGAAGGCUUUGGCGCCAUCUACCUAAAGAGACUAUCAAGCGCACUCGAUGAAGGUAAUCCAAUUCGCGCCGUUGUGCGAGGCACGUCCUUUAAUGCGAACGGGAAGACAGGAGGUAUCUCGCACCCAAGCCCAGAAGGUCAAGAGGCCGUCAUCAGGCAAGCCUACAAGAAUGCCGGAGACUUGGAUCCGAACUUGACAGGAUACUUUGAAUGUCAUGGCACCGGGACACCGGUUGGCGACCCAAUCGAAGUCGCUGCUUUGGGAAACGUGUUUGCGUCAGGGCGCGAAGACGAGCCAUUGUUGAUAGGAUCGGUUAAGCCGAAUCUCGGACAUAGUGAAGCUGCGAGCGCCAUGGCGCAAAUCAUGAAAGGGGUACUGUCCUUAGAGCACAACGAGAUCCCAGCAACAAUUGGGAUUGAGAAAUUCAAUCCGGAAAUUGAUUUUCGGAAGGCAAGAGUACGGGUUGUUACUGAUAUGACUCCAUGGCCUCGUAAUAAGCUCCGCCGAGUCAGUAUCAACAGUUUUGGUUACGGCGGUGCCAACGCACACUGUAUACUAGAUCAUCCGAGCUUGGUCGUCCCCGGCUUCCGGCUGCACGGUCUUCCUUUGUUGCAACUCAAGGCUACUACAAAUAAUCACCGAAAGGACGAGACGUAUGUUAAUAAUUCCAGCACAAAUAAUUCGACCAGCUCUGUAGGCUGGCCCCAGCCUGCCGAGCUCAUCCAAACAGAACGAGCUGGAAGCCGGCCCUUCGUCCUAUUACCGUUUUCUGCACAUGACGACCAAGCUCUUGAAGCAAACGUAGUUGCAAUAUCAAAAUGUGCCGAGAAAUUCGACCUUGCAGACCUCCUUUAUACUCUUGGAUCUGGAAAGUCACGGUUCUCAAGGCGAGCGUUUACUGUUACGGACCCCGGAGGUCUUAAAGGGGGACUAGAAUUCGGCUCUAUGUCUUUUGGGAGGUCAUCUGGGUCGCCGGUGGAACGUAUCGGUUUGGUGUUUACUGGACAGGGCGCCCAAUGGCCAGGAAUGGGAGCAACUUUGAUACACGAAUACGCUGUUUUCAGGCAGACAAUUCGCUAUUUGGAUGACGUCCUUGGUCACUUGCAGCGAAAGCCUACCUGGACGAUUGAAGAAGUGCUCCUAGAACCAGCUACUACCAGUCGAAUUCACGAACCUGAGUUCUCUCAGACCAUAUGUACUGCUUUGCAAAUCGCAUUGGUAGCCCUAUUAGAGCAAUGGGGAAUUCGGCCGGUGGUCACAGUUGGUCAUUCCUCAGGGGAGAUUGCUGCAGCAUAUGCCGCAGGACGUCUCCGGGCUAGCGAAGCCAUCGUUCUCGCAUAUUCCCGUGGCCAAGUUGUGGCAAACAACGAACAAAAAGGCUUAAUGAUAGCGGUUGGGCUUGGUCCGACUCAGAUUGCGACCUAUUUAUAUGGCAUUGAAACCGAAGUGACUAUCGCUGCCGUCAAUUCGCCGGAGAACACCACAGUCUCUGGUGAUCCGGCUGCAAUCAAAGAGUUGGCCAAACGGUUGAGCGCUGGCAGUAUUUUCAACCGCAUUUUGAAGACGGGCGAUAAUGCAUAUCACUCCUAUCAUAUGCUGGGCCUGGGAGAGUCAUACGAAGAGCUAGCCAACCAAUGUCUUCGUGAUAUCGAACCAAUAACGUUGGCUGAGCCGUCUAUUCCUCAUAUUAGAUGGAUAUCAUCGGUAACGCCAGAUGACAAGGUACUCUCUGUCUCGCCAAAGUACUGGCGGCAGAAUCUCGAAUCGCCGGUGCUAUUUUCGCAAGCAGUCGAAAUACUCGUACGGGACAAUCUUGUAGACCUUCUGAUUGAAAUCGGACCUCACCCUGCUUUGAGCAUGCUAGUGAAGCAAAUUUAUUUAGGGUAUGGCAAAAGCACAUCAACGGCCCCGGCUUGCUUGCCAUCUCUUCGAAGAGGUGAGCACGAUAUCUCAAGUAUGCUCCAUCUCGUGGGAUCCCUUUUCCUCCACAAUGCUCCUAUCGACAUCGUGGCUGUGAAUGCGACGGAAAAGGUUCUCCAAGGUAGGUUACACCUCCAGCACGGAUACCCGUGCGUCGAUAUGCCCCGAUACAACUUCACAUAUCCUAAGACACCACUGUACUUCGAAAAUCGAUACAGCAAGGAAUUUAGAUUACGGAAGCAUCCCCGCCAUGACCUACUUGGGGCCAGACAACCUGGGUGCUCAGGGGCUCACCCAUCCUGGAGAAAUGUGAUUCGGAAGAAGGACAUACCCUGGUUAGACGAUCAUAAGCUUACACCGCAUACUGUCCUACCGGCGGCGGCUUAUAUAUCGAUGGCCAUCGAGGCCGCCAGUCAGAUCCAUUUCGAGGAAGAAGAUGCCCUUCCUAUCAGAUUUUUCAGACUUCGAAAUAUUAUGAUAAGCUCUGCGCUCCGUGUUUCUGACAAUGAACUCGGUGUCGAAGUUGUCCUGGAUAUGGAAAAGGAAGCACUGGACAACUCGAAUACUAAGUCGAUGUGGCAUAAAUUCCGCAUCAGCUCGAUUGCCCCUGACAGCGAUACCUGGUCUAACCACUGUUCGGGUACUAUCAUGGUAGAGACUAGAGACGCUAUGAUCGAUUGUGACCAAAGGUUACAAGUAGACGCUCGCUCGAGAUCGCUUGAUAUGAAGCGGUGGUAUGAAAAAUUCACAGAGGUCGGUCUUCUAUAUGGUCCGGCUUUCCAGGGGCUCUCCGGACUGAAAGCUUUCCCUGGUACCAAUGCUGCUGCGGCCGAUGUAGCUCUCAGCCCAGUGUCUAGCGCAGUCGACGGCGGAGAGUCAUGGUACGCGAUACAUCCCGCAACUCUGGACACAUGUAUCCAGCUCGCCCUCAUGUCAUGCCAUGCAGGCCAAGUCGAAUGUAUGCAAAAAGCAUUCGUCCCUAUAAUGGCCGAUAACAUUGACAUAUGGAUCCCAGAAACACAUGAAGAACAAGGGUGUGGCGUAGCAAGCGGCCAGCUAGUUGGUCUUCGUAGCCUCUAUGCGCAGGUACAACUCUACUCUAAAUCCGGGCACCCGCUUCUCAAUAUAGGGGAACUGAAGUGUGUAAUGUAUGAUGGAAGCUCCGACACGAUGAUUUCAAAUAUUCCGCGUGAGCCAUAUUGGAGGCCCGUUUCACGAGUCGAUAUUGAUACACUGGUUAACGAUUCCGCCAAGUUAAUGUUUCCCCCCAAGAAAAUCCCACCCGAAGAAUUCGAGUCGUUGAACCAGUUUUGCUCAUGCGUUUCCGACGGGUUGGAAGCACGGUCUAAGCUAGAAAUCAAGACGACAGGAAUACACAAUCAUGACUCCCCAGCUGCCCGGACCCAGACUUUGAUCGAAAAGCUUGCUCUAAAGCUAUACCAUAUUCCAGAAGUCAGGUGCAUCAAGAUGUUAUAUGAUAACUGGGACGAAAUAGCCCAGGGACAUGCCAGCUAUAUUGGAAUUCUCAGGCAAGGCAACCUAUUGCAAGAAUUAUACGCAGCAGGCAUCACAACUCUCGGAAGCUAUAUUCAACUUCAGCGUCUCGUCGAUCUUCUGGCCCAUAAAAAUCCCAGGAUGCGCAUACUGGAGAUUAGCACCGGGACGGGUGGUGCGGCAGCGUCUGUCCUACAGACUCUAAAAUCCAAUACGCCGUUCAAAAGAUACCAAGACUACGUUGUUACAGGCCCCGAUCUAUCAUAUCUUGAAUACGUACAAGCUAGUUUAAAAGGUCACAAUGGAGUUUCGUGCCAGCUACUAGAUAUCCGAAAAGACCCUACCACCCAAGGGUUGGAGCCGCGUUCAUUUGACCUAAUCAUUGCUUCUGGAGGCCUUGACCAAGUCCCCGACGCCGCUGAAGCAUUGAAACAUGUUCACGCUCUGUUAAAGUCCAAGGGAAAGCUAGCAUUGAUUGGUGUUACCCACCCACAACAAAUCGUAUCUAUUCUUACCCACUCCUUAGGAUGGAACAGAAAUCAAGCCCGGAUCAGCUACGGAGAAGACGAGUGGGAUAGGCUUCUGCGUGAAUGUGGUUUCUCGGGCGUUGAUAUUUCCCUUGAUGAUUACGUCAAGGACCAAACGAUUUCCACACUCAUGUUGACGACUGCGUCGACCCACGCCAAACCCCUCCCCGUAGAGGGCAAGCAGAAACAGGACCUUUUCUUAGUCUAUCGCGAGUACCCUCCCCCUCUUGCUCGUUCGAUUGAUAAGAGCUUAUCCAAAGAUGGCUUUCGUGCCGUGUAUACCGAUCUUUUCUCCCAUCAUAAGAUUCCGGUAGGCUCUCUGAUCAUCUCGCUUAUCGACAUCGAAAGUAUCACACUCCUCCACCGGGACGAGACGUAUUUUCAAGCAAUCCAAGCCAUCAUUGCCAAGAACCCAACAGUCCUAUGGGUAUCAGCAGGCGACUACGCCGAGUCCUCAGUUAUGAAGGGCAUGUGGCGAUGCGUUGCCAAUGAAAAUGUCCUCUUGAAUAUGGCCAUGAUCGAAGUAGACAAAAACCACCUUGGUUCCCUGUCGAGGACUGCCGAUUUGAUCUCGUAUAAAUUUAACGAAUUGCACGCAUCGCCAAAUCGUAAUAUUGAUCUAGAGUGCGUUCUACAGAACGGCGCUUUGUACAUCGAACGCUUUUUGUCAGACGAGGCGCUGAACGAACAGUUCCGCCUGUGUCGCGGGCCUGCCGAGGACUUUGAAGAACGCCCACUGGAAGCUCAAAGCGCACUCAGAGCAAACUACAAGCAGCCCGGCCUGCUUUCUUCGUUAUAUUUCAGCCUCGAUCCCGCGUUCUUCAUGCCAUUACGGGAUGACUGGGUCGAAAUCAAGACGCAAGCUAUCGGACUCAACAUGAAGGUGAGCAGUGAUCUCGCCGUAGCUACUGCCAAGUUCGACUGGGAUUAUUUAAGUACCGAGGCAGCUGGUAUAGUAUCUCAGGUUGGCUCUGCAGUUACGUCUUUGCGAGCCGGAGACCGCGUAUUCGGGUUCAUACCCGGGAACAUGGGCAACUACAUGAGGUCUCCAGUUACUUCGGUAUCAAAGAUCCCGGAGGGAGAGUCAUCAUUUGCUUGCGCAGCUUCGAUGUCGGUUGCAUACCUUACCGCUAUUUAUGCACUGAAGCAUCUCGCUAGACUUUCGGAGGGCGAGUCCGUCCUCAUCCAGUCCGCAGCCGGCGGGCUUGGUAUGGCGGCCACGCGCAUUGCUAAGUCUCUAGGCGCAAAGAUAUACGCAACGGUCGGGAGCAAUGCUAAGCGAAAGAAACUGAUCGAAGAGUUCGACAUCCCCGCCUGCCGGAUUUUUCACUCUCGGGACAUGAGUACUGUGGACGAGAUCAUACGAGCCUCUGGGAGAGAUGGUAUCGAUGUCAUCCUCAAUAACGCUGGCGGAGACUAUAUGUAUGAGAUAUGGAAGUGCAUCGCCCCUUUAGGUCGAUUUAUCGAUGUGGGAAGGACGGAUGUUCUUGGAAAAGGCAAGUUAAGUUUGGAAGUUUUCACACGAAAUGCCACAUUCUCGUCCUUUGAUAUGGGGUUGAUAUAUCGUCAAAGGCCGGAAUUAGUGGAAAGUCUGAUGCAGGAGUUAACGAAGCUAUGGGCUGAUGGAAUCAUCGGUCCCAUCGACCAUAUCACUACUCUGGAUAUCUCGGAGUUAGAGUCUGCCAUGUCGUUUUUCUCUAGGGGACUGCACACCGGCAAGAUGGUCAUGACUUUCCAAAACCCCAAGGCAAAAUUGAAGAUUGCGAGGCCUGCUAAUAGGGCGUCUUUUGAUACAAAUGCUGCCUAUAUCCUAGUUGGAUGUUUGGGCGGACUUGGACAAAGUCUAGCUAAUUGGAUGGUCGAACGUGGAGCUCAACAUCUCAUAUUCCUUUCUCGGUCUGGCGCAGAAAGACCUGGUUCAACUACCUUUAUAGAAGGAUUGGUAAGAUCUGGUGUACAGACUGAAAUUAUUCGAUGUAGUGUCACCGACCGUGACGCUCUCACGUCUGUUAUAGAGCGGGUCUCUAGCAAGACACUCGUCAAGGGUGUCGUCCAUGCCGCGAUGGUGGAGGGUGAUGCCUUCUUCGACAAGACAAAUUACUCACAAAUCCAUCAAGUCCUCGCUCCCAAGGUUACAGGCACCAUAAAUCUUCACCAUGCUACCCUACACCUCCCUCUCGACUUCUUCCUCAUGACUUCAUCCUUUACUGCAUCAGUCGGUAUCGCGUCACAAUCUGCUUACUCGGCUGCUAAUGCUUUCCAAGACGCCUUUUCCCGAUUUCGUAUCUCCCAAAAUCUCCCGGCCAUCUCACUAGCCAUUGGGACAGUUUUGGAGAUCGGCGUCGUGGGAGACAAUGACGGGUUUAAGCAGAUGCUUCAACGCAAUGGCUCGUACGGCCUAUCUGAGACCGAAUUUCUGCAUUUACUCGAAGGGGCGUUGUGCCAGUCAUCCUUAUCGCCUAUACACGAAUCCGAACUUUAUAAGCUCGACCCCUACUCCUCGGCUCAGAUACUACUCAGUUUCGAGCCUAGUCGCUUAGUUCCGUACGUGGCAGGAAAUCGUCUCAACGACCUCUUGUGGUAUAGCAAUCCCCGCUUCCAAGCCAUCAGACAAUCCAUUUUUGAUCGAACGCAAGAGCACACUUCAAAGGGUAUUGGAACCCCAGGGGACGUGUCUUCGCUUUCAGAAAAACUCCAAGCAGUAAAUUCAACUGAGGAAAAGGCGUCGAUCGUGCGCGAAGUUAUUGCCGAGCGACUUGCAAAGCUACUAAAUGUUGCGCCCGACGAAUUAGACAUAGGUAAACCAAUGUCACAAUAUGGAUUAGACAGCUUAGUAGCUGCGGAACUACGAAGCUGGCUGAUCAAGACGUUUGGUGUGGAUGUAACGCUCCUUGACUUGUUGAGCAAGGGAAAGAGUAUAGCAGAUUUAGUGUCUGCAGCUACGGAAAAGAGUACGGAGUAAUAUGAAC